CUUACCGCCGCCGCUCGCGCCGCCGAGCGCAUGCGCCACCACCGCCGUCGAAGCCCCCGGCCGGCCCGGCUGGGGCUGCCCUGCCGCCGCCUGCACCGCCCCGGGGCGGGGAGGGACCGGCCGUGCCCCGCCGAGCCCCUGCAGCGCGGCGGCUGCGGCCCGGGGGUUCCGGCACAGCGGCCGUUCCCGUGGGGGACUCUUUACCCGCCUUCCCUCGACCCCCGUGGGCUGGGCCCGGCCCCAGGGACGGCCCCGGGGCCCUGCGGGAGGCGGUGGGCCAUGGCGGCGGGUGGGACGCUGCUCCUCAACUUCGGCCCGGCGCCGCGGGGCCGCAGCCGGCAAUCUGGUGCUGUGAAAAGAAAGCUCCAGUCACCACAUGGAAACCCACCUUUCAAACGUAAACGUAAGCCAUCAAUAAACACCUUCAAGAAACCAGCUAUAGAGGCUGACAUCAGGCAGAAGGGAAGUUCAUCACAGAAAUCUCUUCCUAAGAAGCAGUUGACUGACAACCGAAAUGAAAGCCAGAAAAGCAAACCUUUCAUUAAGACAUCCAGCCUGUUUAGAAACAACCCUGAUAUCCCAAAAAUUCACAGAAAAGCAGUGCAGCAGGUACAAGAAAAUGUUUUCACUACGGAUUCUUUCAGCCAGUUGGACCUCCAUCCACAUCUGAUCUCCACAAUUAACACUGUCCUAAAGAUAAAUAGCAUGACCAGUGUUCAGAAGGAAACAAUUCCUGUUCUCCUGCAAGGCAAAGAUGCUCUAGUGAGAUCUCAGACUGGUUCAGGUAAAACUCUUGCCUAUGGAAUUCCACUUGUACAGUCUCUGCAAGGGAUGGAAUCCAAAAUACAGCGCAGUGAUGGGCCUUACACACUCAUAUUAGUCCCAACAAGAGAGCUUGCACUCCAAAGUUUUGAAACAAUGCAGAAGCUACUUAAGCCAUUUGCCUGGAUUGUGCCUGGAGUGCUAAUGGGGGGAGAAAAGAGAAAAUCGGAAAAAGCCAGAUUACGUAAAGGAAUAAAUAUCCUCAUUUCAACUCCUGGUCGCCUGGUUGAUCACAUCAAGUCCACAGAAUGUAUUCAUUUCCGUCGCACUCAGUGGCUGAUUAUUGAUGAAGCAGACAGGAUCCUGGACCUGGGCUUUGAGAAGGAUGUAACUGUGAUACUCAAUGCUUUAAAUGCUGAGAGAGAGACACGUCAGAAUGUCCUGCUUUCAGCCACCCUCACAGAAGGAGUAACACGACUGGCUGAUAUCAGUUUGAAUGAUCCCAUCAGCAUUUCCAUAGCAGAUGAAACCCAGAUCAAACCAGCAUCACAAAUGGAUGGACAAGCCAGUAGUUCAUCAGACUGUAUGGAGCAGGAAAAUUUUGCUGUUCCAGAGAAGCUCAAGCAGUAUGUCAUGGUGGUCCCCAGCAAAUUGAGGCUUGUCACGUUAGCAGCUUUUAUCCUUGAGAAAUGCAAGUUUGAAAAACACCACAAGAUGAUCAUCUUUUUCUCCAGCUGUGAACAAGUGGAAUUCUACUAUGAGCUCCUCUUAAAGGUCCUUUCAGGAGGGCUGGAGUCAGAACAACCUGAACGUUCAUCUCUCUCUUCUGCACGCUUACAGUUUCUACGACUGCAUGGCAACAUGGAACAGGAAGAAAGAACAGAGGUCUUCCAGGAGUUCCUGAAAUCCAAGACGGGCAUCUUGCUUUGCACUGAUGUUGCAGCACGUGGGCUAGACCUGCCUCAAGUGACAUGGAUCGUGCAGUAUAAUGCUCCGGCUUCACCUGCGGAAUACAUCCACCGGAUCGGGAGGACGGCUCGCAUUGGCUGUCACGGGAACAGCCUGCUUGUCCUGGCGCCUUCGGAGGCAGAAUAUGUCAGCUUGCUGGCUUCUCACAAGAUUAAUGUUUCAGAGAUGAAGAUGGAGCAAGUAUUAUCGAGCCUGAUGAAAGAUGAUCGCUUCAGAUUGCACAGACCAGGAAGAAAGCAAUCCUGUGGCACGGACCCUCAGGAAGUCCGGGAGCGGGCCACGGUCUUGCAGACUAAAUUUGAAGACCAUGUUCAUUCCAGCGAGGGGACAGUCCAGUGGGCAAAGAAAGCACUGCAGUCUUUCCUUUGUGCCUAUACCACCUAUCCCAGGAACCUCAAGCACAUCUUCCACAUCAGAUCUCUCCACCUGGGUCAUUUGGCCAAGAGCUUUGGCCUGAGAGAUGCCCCCCAGAACCUGACUGCUUUUCCAACUGCAGGCUCAAAGAAGAAAACCAAACCAAGACCAAAAAGGUCUGACCUUCUCAAGAAGACCCAUGGCAGACAUCGCCUUGCUGAGAUCUUGCGAUCUGAAUAUUCCAGUGGGAUGGACACUGGUGUAUCCAAGGUCAAGAGGAAGAAGAAAAAACAGAGAAAACCUGGCAACCAGCAGAUUCCAACAUAAGCCAGGACCUUCCAGUGGUUGGCUGCAAAACCUGCUUGAGUGCCUCUGCCGGGGGUCAGGGUGACCUGCCAAAUCAACACAGGAGUGUUUCAAUUUAUCAGGCAAAUAUGGGAGGGAUCUUGGGGUUCUUGGCCUCCUCCCCUUCAUUCCAUAGGUCCAAAUGGAAUCGAAUCCAGGCGUGUCCUGUUGCACUGCUGCAAUUGAAUGUGGCUUCAUGGAGAUGCACCACAUUUCUAAGGUGGUUUUUGCAAGAAAAAUAAAAAAGAUUAAAUAUGGUUUUCAGAGAAAUGUGAUGUCUCUACAACAUGAAGGUGAGACAAGUGUACUGAGACAGGAGACGCUUUCCUGUUUAAAAGAGCGGUAGAAAUACUCCACAGUCUGUUUGCUUGCUCAUUUUUAACCAGAUAAACAGUAGUGGCAGAGGAGGUUCCAGGACCAUGUUUAAGAGGAGGCUGCCCUUUCCCCUGUCAUUAUACAUGGGGUCUCUUCUGCUCCUGUCUUGGGUCACAUAGCCAUGUUGCUGCCACCUUCUCUCCUGCCCUUUGUGCACUGGGGCAGAGUCUGUCCCUGGACACUGAUCAUUAGUCAGAUAUUGGCACCUGUAAGGAGUCUCCCAAUUUCAGUGCAAGUGGUAGGAUUGUGGAGAACUCUCUUCAGUGUAGUGACACAUGGUCCCUUCGGGGCAGAGCUCAUGGGCACAAAACUUCAUGUCAAAACUCCUGAGUUUGGGAACGAACAUCACUGUGGAAAGGAGCCGGUGUGGCAUCCAGCAAUCUCCAAACUUCUCCUUGCCUGCAGCGUAUUGUCUCACCUAAUUAUAGAACGCAGAGCAUGUAUGAAAUGUCUCACCUCUGAACAUUAAAGCCUUUGCAGGCUCUUGCUAACACUUGCCAGUAGUAACCCCGCCUUUCUGGGUUCUGUGUGCUUUGGCUAGGCUGGUUUUGAAUACGUCCCAAGCUCAUGGAUUUCACUUCUAGCUUUUCCCAUCUGUCUUUUUUUCUUGUUCUUGCUUAUCGUCAGAGGAUUUGGAUUAUUGAGAAGAGAGAUGGAGUAUGGCCUAAAUGUGUUGAGGCCAGCACUCAUUCACCAUUGUCCAGCAUGUGAAAUGGAACCUGAGCUCUAGUGGAGUUGAUGACAAAGCUCCCCUUGAGUUGGUGGGGCAUGAGGGAGAGUGGGUGCUCCCCAAGGCUUACAGGAGACUUACAACCUCCCCCAGGACCUGCAGGUGAGCACCCACCUCCCUCUCCCCGUCUGCCUCACUGUGCUUCUUCCAGCACCUCCUAUAACACAAGCUCCAAGCAGUACACACUUGCUACCUGUGUGCAUCUUCUUUGAGGAAAGAGAUGAGGAAGAGCAGCCCAUCCAUGACCCAAGCUGGGCACAUUGUUUAACGCGGGACUAGAAAGUGCUAAAAUCCAGUGGCAAUUUCAGAUGCAAGUAGGAAAAAAGUACUGAAAAAGGAGUAUAAGCAGAUGAAACUGAUGCUCACUUUGUGACUACGGAAUUGAGGGCACCUGCUCAGGACUAUAAUGAGUCAUACUAAGGAUUGUAGGAGGGAGCAAUUGGCCCAAAAGUAUUUAAUUUCUGAAAUGAAUGCAACUAUGAGAACCAAAAUGAUUUUUUUUCCUCCCAGGCACUUUCCAAAUACGCUGCUUUUACUUAAGAUUUCAGGAAGAUGUUUAAAGGAGUCCAGGAUAAAAUUAACCAUGUUUUUGCAGAGAUAAUGAAGUUACCAGCAUUUCCUAGAUUAAGAUAAAAUAACAACAAAGCCCACCAGAUUCUGUUAUGAGUACUGUUUGGAAGAGCAAUCGGGUUUAAGGCAAAUGUCAGCUUAAACAGAAACCUCGUGAGGUGAAAAUGACUCAGAGAGAGUGAUGCAGAGAGUGUAAGUUUGGGAAGAACUGAUCUUGUGCAUGAGGAAAAAAUACAUGACCUUCUCCUGACUGUCACAUAUGAAUUAAUAGGGACUGUUUGCAAAUUCAUAACAAUAGGAAUAAAGGCCAACUGCGGAUGAGUGAGAGAUGUCAGGAAAUCUUAUUGCCAUCUGUAUGAACUGGGAAUGUAACGUUACAAAUGGUUAUGAUGAAUAAUGUGAUUAAAAAAAAAAUAGAAUGCCUUUUUA